AUGGCGUCGUCCCUCGCCGCGCAGCUGUCGCAGAUUGCGGCCAACUCCACCAACCAGUUGAAUCUGAAAGCACAGAGAGUCGCGCAUUCGCAAUCUCUGAUUUUUGACAAAAAGGUUGCCGGAUCCCAGGACUUUGAUACGAUUUACGACAUUUGCUUUGACGGUUUCCGGGAAAUAUGCGAGCUAGAUCCCCGUUUUGCGCAGUUCGAGCGUUCGAUCUUCAGCGAGCGAAGCAAGGCCCAGGAUCGGACGGAGAUGACCGCAGCGGAAAACAAGGAAUUGGAUUCAGUAUUGGAAGACUUCAUGGCAUUAAUUGGCGGGAGGUUAUUACUGAAUCCCGCCGUAAAGGCUGCUGAAUGGCUCAUCAGACGCUUCCGAGUACAUGAGUAUAAUACUGAAUUCACCAUCCUUACAUUUUUACCAUACUACCCUACACCUCUAUUCCUGAACCUACUCUCGAUACUUCCCGAAGACCUUCCAUCGGCGUUCAAGGUGCUCAUACCAUAUAAACGGAGUGCGAUGAACCCUGUUCGACAAGCCCUCGUGCAAAACGCCAUCUCCAACCGUGAAGUUAUAACCGCCCUCAACAACCAUGUUCUUCAGGUUAGUCGAAAACGGGCCCACCACCACGCACUGCUGUCUUUCUGGGCGGGGAUAAUCACCGAGGGUGUUGCUGGGAUGCUGGAUUCAGCACGCUCGGGCCGACGAAAUGUUGAAAAGCAGAAGCACGACGGUGUUAUACUCCAUAUCCUUCCAGUUCUCAACAAUGGCUUGUCAUUGAAGGAUGUUUCAGAACUGGUGAUUGGGUGUUACAUGGUUUGCGUUGUGCUCGCACAGAAGGCUGAACUUCAGGAUCAAGUCCUGGAUGGGCUGAUGGAAGGUGUUGCCGGGUCAUGGACGGAGGAAACGCUGAGUUCUGGCCUUAUAUGUAUUGCGGUGCUGGCACAACAGAAGCCCGAGCCCGUAUUGCCGAAACGGGUGUUCAAGGCUCUGCUUCGCUUGGAUGACCCAUUGAAGCAAAUAGCUGAAAUAUCAACGGAGUAUAAAACAUCUCAGCUGCUUCUUGGGCUUGUGGCUGGCUGCGUUUGUGACCUCCCAAGCCAAAAAGACUCGACCCGCUUGGAUCUAUUGUCCUUGAUGUUUGAGAGUCAGCUUUUGGGCGAUGCCGAACUGAAAGAGGCCAUGGCCUUGGUUCUCCGAGCCGCGGGCAGCAUUGAUGGGUCAAUAACCUUGGAUGCUCAAACGCAUCUUGCAGAUCUUGUCCAGCACUUCAGCCGGUCAAAGUCGCUCCAGCCAACCUUCCAGAAGUUGAUUGAAGAGUCGUCGCUUGACCUCAGCGUACUAGAGCACAACUUGCAAACAGCCAUCGAAUCUAUUCCUGUCAGCAAAGCGAUCGAAGAUGUGGAAAUGGAGGAUGCAGAUAAGGAAGUAUCACAGACAGACGCUUACCCAUCAGCCCUAGAAUCUGUGGCGAAGGAGAGCGCGUUCAAAACUUCAUUCCUCAGUGGGCAGUCCAUUCCGGUGUUCGAUAAACUUGUCCAGGUCUUCGCACUAUCCGUUGGCUCUCAAGAACGAAUGAGGUCCUUUACCGAAUUGCCUGUUUUAUGCAUGGCAAACGCAACAAAAUCCCCUCAAUUCCUUUCGUUCUUCAUCCGAGUCUUCACUGGCCCAUACCCAGCCGGCACAAAGGCCGCCGCUUUGAAGACCAUUUCCUCCACCCUCAAUUCCGCGGCCUGGGCUGACCUCGAUCUUCAAGCGGUAUUGCCUUUCAUGCUCGUUGCCCUAUCAGACCCCGUCGAAAGGGUGCGCUCCGGGGCUGUUGAUGCCUUGGCGGUCAUUGGAAAGUCGGCUGGAAAGAAAAAGAAAAACACCGUCUGGGCUCGCGAUUCUCUUUAUGGGCAGGACAAGCAAUCGAAGGAAAUUUCCUGGCUUGCCGCCGGCGAUUUCCAGAAGGUCUUGGAGCGGGCUGUGCUCCCUGAAUUGGAAGAGUGUCGAUCUGAUGGUGAGCACAUUGGUCGCGCUCUCGAGAACGCCUUACGAGGAUCAGCAACCGAUUCUGCUUCUGCACUCAAGAAGCCCUUACGACUUGCUUUAUUCUCGUGCCUCUGUUCACACGCUGUGAAGAUUCCUCUCUUUGCCCCCAAAGCCGGCUUGCUGAGCUUGCUCAACCGGGUUGACAAGGCUGGCGGCACAACUCGGACUAAGGAGCUCGAACCGUUGCUGAAGUCAUGGCGAGGUAUGAGUGACCAAGAGCUUAAGGAAAUCCACGAAAGGGAGCAUGUUUCUGUGUCUGAUUUCGAGGAUCAAGUACUCAAAACAGUUACGCCGAAGGAGAAGGAUUCUGUCCAUCUCCUUCUGUCCACCGUCAACCCUUAUUCGGCGUCACUCAGACCCUCUUUCGUAUCUGCUGUAUUCAACCGCAUUCGCGACGUCUGGGCUAAGGUCCCAGAGGACCGCCAAAUCGCCGCCGCUGAAGAGCUGUUUAAUAUCUCCAUUCAAGAUUCGGAAUCGCCUCUUGUCCUUCACUGUCGGGACAUUCUCCGUAGCGUAGAGCUUCCUGGCUCUGUGCUCCUAAGCUAUCUCCAACAAAUUCCUGUUUCAAUUACAGACAUCGACUCCCUCGGCCCUGCGCCAAAGCGGAGGCGCACCAGCCAGAAUAACAUGGUGGCAAUGACAACUAAGGACGAGGCCAAACUCAGCAAACUGAUGGACAAGAUGACAUUCACCCUGGAACUUGUGGACGGCUCCAAUCCAGAGUCUCACCCAGAACUCACAGAAGGCCUGUUCCAAGCUCUGGCGGCUCUCCACCAUUUCAAGACUCAAAUCCAAUCUGGCAUGAGCUACCUACUCAGCUUAACGCUUGGUAGCCUCCUUGCCAUCGUCAACCGAUCGAAAGGAAGUGUCAAGGCACAAUUCGAUACGUCGGUUGUGCGGGCUGAUAUGGUCGUUGAUUGUGUCCGCACCACGGAGAGCCCCCAAGUUCAGAACACAGCUCUUCUUCUAGUUGCUGGUCUGUCUGUCAUCGCGCCCGAACUGGUUCUCCACAGUGUAAUGCCCAUAUUCACGUUCAUGGGCUCUAGCGUUCUCAGGAAGGACGAUGAUUACUCGGUUUCCGUUAUCGACCAGACAAUCGAUCAGGUUGUCCCGGCUCUAAUUCAGUCGCUACGACACCAAAAGCGUGAUGUUGUUUCCGGGACAUCAGAGCUUCUACUCAGCUUUACUGCGGCUUUCGAGCACAUUCCUUCUCAUCGCCGUCUACGACUAUUCCAUGCUCUGAUCACCAAGCUAGGGACGGAGGAGUUCUUAUUCGCGGUUUUGGCAAUGCUCGCCAACAGAUAUUCCACAGACAAGGCAGUUCUGGUCCUCAUGACGGGGUUGGUCUCUGAUGCUGAUGCAGCUGUCGAAUUGACUACCUACAGUAAAUUCCUCAACUUGGUGAGCGACUCGCUCAAACCCAAGCCCGGAAUCUCGCAGGUCCUUCUCGGUAUCGGCAGCGAUGACGGCCGCGAACCUCACAAGGUGGCUGUAGAUCUGCUGCGCGCGUUGGCUUACCUUUUCAAACAUUCAUCCUUGAAAGUCAAGAUCGCCAGAGCGCUUACAGCUGAGACGAGCGACGCAGACCAGAUCCGCGCUCUGUUCUCCAAGAUCCUCGAACAGGUUCUGGCAAUUGGAGAGGCCAUGCAGAACGUUAAGCCCGUUCACCAGGCUGCAGGUGAUGUGCUCAGUGGGCUAUUCAGCACCCUCACCACUGUGGACUUCCUCGACACGAUCGAAGCCUUGCUUAAGCGACCUGAUGACGCUCUCCGCCGGAAGGUUCUCAGCCUCCUUGCCAUUCGCCUGCAACAAACUCCUGAGCGGGACGGCGACUCCCAGAUGCGCAUGCUCGACUUCGUGACUGUUUUGGUUGAUAUCGUGCAAUCGUCUCCUGACAUCUUGCUCAAACACGCGGCGGUGACUUGCAUCGACCGUAUCACGGAGAAGUAUGGCAAGAAGGAGCCGUCCAAGGUUACGCACGCCGCACAGGUUGUUGCCAGCGCCUCGUGCAUUGGCCAGGAGGACGACCGCAUCCGCAUCAACGGCGUGUUAUGUCUUGCCUCGAUGGUGGAGGUGCUUGGACAAGCAAUGAUCCCUGCGCUCCCAGAGGUUCUCAACCGCUCGUUGUCCUUGCUUGAGCUUAGCAUGGAGAGCAACAAGCUCAACACGAGACUUCACGAUGCGGUGUUCACCCUCUUUUCUUCCCUCUUCGUCCACCUCCCUUACAUGGUCUCAGCAUCCCACCUCGACCGCUUGCUUGUUCUUUCCUUCAAGUCAGCCGCCACAGAGGAUCUUGACAACGACAACAGACAGGAAUCACUCCGCUUUAUGGCCCGAAAGGUCGACAUGGGCUCAACGUUUGCGUCCAUCGACCGCAACUGGGAACAGGCUGUGAAGGCCGGGCCGGCGGCUACCCGUGAGGUCCUAGAAGCCGUUAGCCUCAGCAUCGAGAAGCAUCCCAAGUCUGCGACGAUGAAGAACCUUUCCGUCCUGACAAGCAUCCUCUUCCGCGUGUUCGACUUGCGUCGGGAACAACUCUCGCUCUCUACAAAAUCCGUGUUCGAUACUUCGGACCUCGAGGAGGUUGAGGAUCUUGCCAACGAUGUCACGAUCAAGAUGAUCUACAAGCUCAACGACACGAUCUUCCGCCCUAUCUUUUCCAAGCUGGUUGAAUGGGCAACGGCGCUCCCGAAGAAGGAUACUCAAGGCAGCUUGGCUAGGUUAACUACCUUCUACCGCUUCCUGCAAGUCUUCUUCAGCACUCUCCAGUCCAUCGUCACCGGCUACGCCAGCUACAUAAUCGAAAGCGUCGUCUCCGUCCUCUCAACCGCCAGCCCAUCAAACCCCAACACCAAAUCGCUCUGGCUCGCAACCAUGCGCAUGCUCCAAAGCGCCUUUGAGCACGACCAAGACGAAUUCUGGCAAUCCCCAUCGCACAUAACCAAGAUCUCCACACCGCUAAUCUCGCAACUCCGCCACGCCACAAACGCCCCCACCGCAGCCCUCAUCACCGACGAAGCAAUCCCCACAAUCACCGAGCUGGCCGUCGCCGCAGACUCCACAGAUAAUCACAAGGAGCUGAACUCGGUGCUUAUGCGGUUCUUGAGGCCCUCUUCUGCUGCUCUUACUAGCGGUAGUGGUGGUAGUAAGAAGAGUUCUGUUGGCGGUGGGGACAACCCACACACGCGCAUUGCGGCUCUCAAGGCUGAACAGGCGCUUACUGAUCAUCUUGGUGAGGAUUGGCUUGCGCUCUUGCCGGAGAUGUUGCCGUAUAUUAGUGAGUUGAUGGAGGAUGAAGAUGAGGGAGUGGAGAGGGAGGUGAGGAAGUGGGUUAAGCAGAUCGAGGGAGUUCUUGGGGAGAGGUUGGAUGAUAUGUUGACUUGA